AAUAAAAACAAAAGAAAAAGACGCGACGCGUCGACGACAACGCGUCAUUUACCCGCGACGAGCCUGCGAAGAGAUGGCUUCGGUUCAGAAGAGGAAGAAGGUGGUCAAUCAAGAGGAUUUACGGCGUUUUAUGAAGGAGAAGAAAUUAUCGAGCGAGCGACAGAAACGCGUUGAAUCGCCGCACGCCAAAUACAACAGUCUGGGUCAGCUGAGCUGCGCGCUGUGCAACGCUCCGGUGAGGAGCGCGCUGCUCUGGCAGACACACGUCCUGGGAAAACAGCACAAAGAUAAAGUCAGCCAGCUCAAGAACAGAGACAGCACUGAAGCCCCGGGGGCAUCUUCAUCAUCCUCAUCCUCGGCGCUGAAGAGGCACGCGCCGGAGCCCGCGUCUGCAUCCGGGAAGCGCGCGAAGCUUCCGGUCACCGGAGGCGCAGGUGCCGCGGGAGGACAGCCGGAGGAGACGUCCUCAUCUUCAGGUCAGUCUGCGGGUCUGGGGCUCCUCGCUGGACUCUACGGUGAUGAUGAUGAAGAUGAAGAAGCUAAAGACGGCGUCCCGGCCGCUAGUCUCCCGGUGGAUUUCUUCGACAGCAGCGUGUCCUCGGCACCGCCGGCCGUCUCUCACUCCGGCUCAGUGUCCAAACCGGACGACGGCGAGGAGAGCACCGUGGAGAAGGAGCACGCGGCCGAAGCCUUACCCGAGGGCUUCUUCGACGACCCGGUGCGUGACGCUAAAGUGCGUAACGUGGACACGCCGCGAGACCAGAUGGACAAGGAGUGGGAGGAGUUCCAGAAGGAGAUGCGGCAGGUGAACAGCGCGUCUGAUGCCAUCGUCGCCGAGGACGAUGAGGAGGGACGCCUGGAGCGGCAGAUCGACGAGAUCGACGAGCAGAUCGAGUGCUUCCGGCGCGUGGAGGUGUUACGCGCCAGACAGGAAGUGAAGAGCGCGGCGGCGAGAGAGAGACGCCAGAGAGCCGAGGCGCAGCCGGACACCGGUGAGGAGGAGGAGGAGGAGGAAGAGGAGGAGCUGAUGCAGGUGCUGACGCAGGACUGGAGGGCCAAAGGUGCUCUCGCUUAACGCUGAUGAGAAAGACCUGUACUGUUCCUCUGAUGUUUCCCGGUUUUGUUUGCUACUGUCAUUUCUGUACAGAGAUUUAUUAAAUCAGAAUGCAUUGUGAAGUUUUUAUAAAGCACAUGCAGUUUGUCUGUAGUUCUGCAGAUUAUUUGAUCUGUUACUAUCUGUAAUCAUCAUAAUGGCCUUCAGCUGCAGUUAGUGUCCCGUCAUUCACAACACUGACAGGAACUCCUCGUGUUCAUGUGUAGAAUACACAGCUCAGAGCUGGACGAGGACACUAGAAUAUAAACAAACAGUCAAUAUUUGUGGUGUGCGCUGAGUGAUGAUAAAACAAACUGUAGGUGUAUAUUUUAUAUAUGCACUUGUUUUAUUCAACUAACAGCUGUAAUAUACACAUUUUGCAUUAAGAAUUAGGGGGUGUAAACUUUUGAACCAGAUAAUGUGUGUAUUUUGUUAGAUAUUGUCUUCAUACAGUGCUGCCCUUCAGAAAACAAAUAAAAUACAUGCAUAGUUCCCAGAAGA